AUGGUGGCUAGGAAGCGGCUCAAGGAGAAGGCGAGGAAGGGGCGGCGCGCUGCAGAGGCGGCGGGCGAGCCGGAGGGCUGGGCGGCGGAGGUGGCGAGGGCCGAGGAGCUCUACGAGGAGCUGCGCGAGCGCGCGCCCCAGCACUGCCGCCGUGGCGGCAAGUGGGCGCGCGAGAAGUUCGUGAUGGCGGUGCAGGGAGAGUUCCCACGCGCGCGAGGGGCAGGCGUUCCCAAGGGGACGAUCCUGUGCCUCGGCAGGGUGCUCGACGCGCACGAUGAGCAGGACGACGCGGAGGGUGGGCGCCGGGAUUGGGAGGAGGACCCGCUCGGGUUCGACACCAACCCGGGGCUGCUCCGCGCCAUGUGCAUGGCGUUCGAGUGA